AUUUCUCUUUUAUUUAGAUACGACGUUUUUCAGACUUAAUGGACAUGACAUGAGCAACUUUUCGACAUACGGCGAAUAUCGUCGAGCUAAAAACCCGGACGAACGGCCUCAGACCAAGAUUAGUGGAAACCGGCCGCUGGUAACCGGGAAACGACAGAGGAUUGCUCCACCAAGGGACAAUAACCCACCGGAGAAACGGUUUCGAAGAGAAGAGUGCUCAGAAGAUGAGCGAACAAGUCUUCCAACCAUUCUCAGCUUCAAGGCAUUCCUGUCCACUCAGGAGGACAACAUCACUGACGACGAGGCCAUCUCUAAAUACGGAGAGUACAAGCUCGAGUUCAACAGACAGCAGCUUAACGAGUUCUUUGUCAUGCACAAGGACGAGGAAUGGUUCCAGGAAAAGUAUCAUCCUGAUCUGAAAACUCUCCGACACGACAUGGAAACUUCAUAUUUAAGACGACGUGUAGAAGUAUUUAUGGAGCUGAAUAACCAAGGAAAUAUAAAGGAGCUGAGGUUGGAGUCCAGCAGAGCGGAGGAGAUAGAAACGUUGUUAGACUGCUUUGUGUACAGACUUGAAGGAGGUACGGAGGAGGACGUGUUGAGUAUACAGCUUGGAGUAUCCCCAGCCCAGGAGCUGCAUAAAACUACAAGUAUUCAUCUCCGGUCUAUUCAUCCGACAAUUAAAAGAGAAGAAAUAGAAGCUGUGUAUAAGAAGUAUCCAGGAUAUCUUAGGCUAGCGCUCUCGGAACCUCUCCCGGAAAAUAGAUGGUUAAGGAAAGGUUGGAUCUCUUUUGCGCGAGACGCUAAGAUUAAGGAAAUUUGUCUCAAAAUCGGCUCAGUUAGAUUAAAGAAUAUCGAGUUUAGUCCUGUUCUGAACAAAGAUCUGUCCCAACGAGUCCGUCCUGUGUCUGGAGUGUCUAACAUGAACCAGGUCAUGAAGCAUGAUAUUAAAGCAGCAUCAAAAAUCGUCAAGCUUCUGGAUAAGAAAUGGAACCUUUGGGAAACGACAGUUGAUGAAAUAGUUGGCGAGAGGAGUUCUAAUCCUGUUCUAGAGAAUAUUACUGAAUAUCUAAUUGAAGAGAUGAGUGCAGAGGAAGAUGAAUUGUUAGGUUUCUCAGCUGGAGAUCAAAAGAUAGAAGAAGAGGAUGAUAAAAUAUCAGUAGUUCUGGACAGAUUAAUACUAUAUCUACGUCUAGUGCAUAGUGUAGAUUAUUAUAAAGGAUUAGUGUAUCAUAAC